GCGGGCGGGCGGCGCGCGAACAUGGCGACGGUGCCCGUGUACUGCGUCUGCCGGCUCCCCUACGACGUUACCCGCUUCAUGAUCGAGUGCGACGCCUGCAAGGACUGGUUCCACGGCAGGAGACAAUGGGGCCUGAGGUGCUGGUGCCACAGGACACUUGGUAUCCUGGAAGAAUCAAGAAACUGCAGCCUGGCCCAGACCACCUCCCUGAUGAAUGAGGCUGGGGAGGGCCAUUCUGGGGCAUCCUAUGAGGCCCCAGACCCUGUGAGGAGGGACCCUGCAGCCCUGUAUUGGAGCAGGCGGUGGACUCUCACCAGGCAGCUCCCAUUGAAGUUUGCAGAGCUGAAGGCUGUGUUGGAGUGGAAGAGGACGAGGCUCCAGACAUUGACAUCUACCACUGCCCGAACUGCGAGAAAACCCACGGCAAGUCUACCUUGAAGAAGAGACGGACCUGGCACAGACAGGGCCCGGGGCAGACACCCGAUGUGAAGCCGGUGCAGAAUGGCAGCCAGCUCUUCAUCAAGGAGCUGCGGAGUCGCACCUUCCCCAGCGCGGAAGAUGUGGUGGCCCGUGUGCCAGGCAGUCAGCUCACACUGGGUUACAUGGAGGAGCACGGCUUCACGGAGCCCAUCCUAGUCCCCAAGAAAGACGGGCUGGGCCUAGCGAUCCCUGCCCCCACCUUCUAUGUCAGCGACGUGGAGAACUAUGUGGGCCCCGAGCGAAGUGUGGACGUGACAGAUGUCACCAAGCAGAAGGACUGCAAGAUGAAGCUGAAGGAAUUUGUGGACUAUUACUACAGCACCAACCGCAAGCGAGUCCUCAACCUCACCAACCUUGAGUUCUCUGACACCAGAAUGUCCAGCUUUGUGGAGCCACCUGACAUUGUCAAGAAACUGUCUUGGGUGGACAACUACUGGCCUGAUGACGCGCUGCUGGCCAAGCCCAAGGUGGCCAAGUACUGCCUGAUCUGCGUCAAGGACAGCUACACCGACUUCCACAUCGACUCUGGGGGCGCCUCCGCCUGGUACCACGUGCUGAAGGGGGAGAAGAUCUUCUAUCUCAUCAAGCCAGCUUCGGCCAACAUCUCCCUGUACGAGCGCUGGCGGUCGGCGUCCAACCACAGCGAGAUGUUCUUUGCCGACCAGGUGGACAAGUGCUACAGGUGUGCCCUCAAGCAGGGCCAGACCCUCUUCAUCCCCUCGGGCUGGAUUUAUGCCACACUCACGCCUGUGGACUGUCUGGCCUUCGCGGGACACUUCCUCCACAGCCUGAGUGUGGAGAUGCAGAUGAGAGCAUACGAAGUAGAAAGAAGGUUGAAACUGGGCAGCCUGACUCAGUUUCCCAACUUUGAGACCGCCUGCUGGUACAUGGGGAAGCACCUGCUGGAGGCAUUCAAAGGUUCUCACAAAUCUGGGAAGCAGCUGCCCCCUCAUUUAGUUCAAGGAGCUAAAAUUCUCAAUGGUGCUUUCAGAUCAUGGACGAAAAAGCAGGCUUUGGCAGAACACGAGGACGAGCUUCCGGAGCACGUCAAACCCUCGCAGCUCAUCAAAGACCUUGCCAAGGAGAUCCGGCUCAGCGAGAAUGCCCCCAAGGCCGCCCGGCCAGAAGUGACAGCAGCCAUCUCCCCCGAUGAGGUCUCUUUUGGGGACCGGGAGAAGGAGGAGCCGCCAUCCCCCAUUGAGGCCAGUCCUCCUCAGUCCUUCCUGGAGAAAGUGUCCAAAAAAAAGACCCCCAAAACCAUGAAGAUGCCCAAGCCAUCCAAAGUCGCAAAGUCCCCAAAGCCCCCCAAGCCCUUGAAGCCCCCCAAAUUGCUGAAGCUCAAGGAUGGUGGCAAGAAGAAAGGGAAGAAGUGCAGGGGCUCGGCCUCACCCACCAUCCCUGACCUGGACCUCCUGGAAGCCCACACCAAGGAAGCGCUGACCAAGAUAGAGCCGCGCAAGAAGGGCAAGGCUGCAAAGAGCGUUCUGAGUGUGCCCAACACGGAGGUGGUCAACACACAGAGCGAUGUGGAGAGGAUAGAAAUCCGGGAGCAAACCAAGAGCAAGUCAGAGGCCAAGUGGAAGUACAAGAACAGCAAGCCUGACUCCCUGCUGAAGAUGGAGGAAGAACAGAAGCUGGAGAAGUCUCCUUUGCCGGGGAGCAAAGACACCAAAUUCUCCUUCUCCUUCUCCAACAAAAGACUCCUGGGCUCCAAGGCCCUCAAGCCGCAGCCGAACCCAGGGGUGUUCGGGGCCUUGCAGAACUUCAAGGAGGACAAGCCCCAGCCUGUGCGGGAUGAGUAUGAGUACGUGUCUGAUGAUGGGGAGCUCAAGAUCGACGAGUUUCCCAUCAGGAGGAAGAAAAACGCCCCAAAGAGGGACUUGUCAUUCCUGCUGGACAAGAAGGAGCCACUGCCUGUGCCCAUUAUGAAGCCAAAGCUGGACCCGGUGCUCUACAAGCACAGUGACUCCUCUGACGAGGGCUCUCUGCACAUUGACACGGACACCAAGCCCACCCGCAGUGCCAAGGGGAAGAAGGAUAGCGGGGGCUCAGCGGCAGGCAUCCUGGACCUGCUGCAGGCCAGCGAGGAGGUCGGCGCGCUGGACUACAACCCCAGCAGCCAGCCCCCGGCCUCCCCCAGCACACAGGAAGCCAUUCAGGGAAUGCUGUCUAUGGCCAACCUGCAGGCCUCCGACUCCUGCCUGCAGGCCUCAUGGGGCACCGGCCAGGUGAGGGGCAGCUCAGCGGCGGCCCACGGUGCCCGGAAGAACGGGGGCAGUGGUAAGAGUGCAGGCAAGCGGCUGUUGAAGAGGGCAGCUAAGAACAGUGUGGACCUGGAUGAUUACGAAGAAGAGCAGGACCACCUGGAUGCCUGCUUCAAGGACUCGGACUAUGUUUACCCCUCCCUGGAGUCAGAUGAGGACAGCCCCGUGUUCAAGUCCCGAUCCAAGAAGAGGAAAGGCUCCGACGACGCUCCCUACAGCCCGACAGCAAGGGUUGGCCCUUCGGUGCCACGGCAGGAUAGGCCUGUGCGGGAAGGGACCAGAGUGGCUUCCAUUGAGACUGGGCUGGCAGCUGCUGCAGCCAAGCUGUCCCAGCAGGAGGAGCAGAAAAGCCGGAAGAAAAAGAACACCAAAAGGAAGCCAGCUCCCAACACCCCCGACCCCUCCACCUCUGCCAGCACCGUCUUGGCCUCCACCCCUCCAGCCUCCACCAGCACGGCUAGCAGCCAGGCUUCGCAGGAGGCCAGCUCUCCUGAGCCCCCGCCUGAGCCACACAGCAGCAGCCUGGCUGACCACGAGUACACCUCGGCCGGUGCCUUUCCUGGAGCCCAGGCCGGCCGCACUGCCCAGCCCAUGGCCCCCGGGGUCUUCCUCACACAGAGGCGGCCCUCUGCAUCGUCCCCCAACACUUCCGCUGCCAAAGGAAAACGUAUGAGAAAGGGCAUGGCCACUGCCAAGCAGAGGCUUGGGAAAAUUUUGAAAAUUCACCGGAAUGGAAAACUGCUCCUUUAAAGUUUGGAAAGCCAGGAUCCUUCCGCUCCGCUCAGGACCCCCGGAGCCCCGCUAGAACAUCAGCCCCCAGGAGGGUGGCCGUGCUGCCUCAGCCCCAAAGAGGGCCUGGCCUCCUCCUGGCCACCACUCCCCCAACAUAAGCAUCUGUUGCUUCAGCAGCUGGAGCUCAAGAUACCGACAGACGUCCUUUCUCAAGUUGCUUUGAGUGACCAGUUCCCGAAACACAGCCCUGCCAGCCUGAGGACCAUUCCAGUUUCAGGACAGCCUCUAGGCACCUGUUGGCAUGGGUGUGAUUGCAGGGCCUGUGCAGCUCUGCUGGGAGUAUGAGUCCUUCAAGGAAGGAGUGAGCCAACGCUCACCUGGCCCAAGUCUGAGCUGGCCACAGGCUGGUAGCCUCCAGAGGCCUAAAAACAGGCAAAGAACACUAGAGAGGAAAAGGAGGAGACAGCGGGGUGUUGUGCACCCCACUUCUCUUCCCAAGUGAUUCUCAGACAAGUCCAGAGAGCAUUCAGCCUGGCCAGAAGAGGGGCCUCCAUGCUCCUUGGCCGGCAGGUGGUGGGCCAGAUGGUGGGUGUCACACCCUGCAUGCCCAGGGCAUUUCUCGGGGACAUAGGCUGGCAGCAGGGUCAGUGUGUUAGUGGGCAGGGGAGCUGUUCUGGGGUCCCAGGGAAGGGCUUUGCCCAACCAGAAUAGGGGGCCCAAGGGGCUCAGGCCAAGCCACGUGGGUGGGCCCCAUCCAGCCUGAGCGGCUACACUCUGAGAAGCACUUCCCAGCCAAGGCCCCUGAUGCGGCAGAAGGUGGCUGGUCGCCUGAGGAUGCUAUGGCUGGCACUUCCAUCCUGUCACCUGUCGGCGUUUCGUGUCGAGAGCGUGGGAGGAUCCUGGACCACGUGUCCACCCGUUGAUACGGAGGGGCUGGAUUUGUUUCUCAGGCAAUCCUGUAUUUUAAUUUUAGAUGUAUUUCCUGAAGCAUAUUUUUCAUAGAAUGUAGCAUGUAAAUAGCUUUUUAAAUAACUUCUUUUUUAUAAGAGUAAGAGUAUCUUUAGGAAUUUCUUUCUAUAGGGUCCUUCAUUAACAUUUAUACGAGUUUUUUGUCGAGUAUGAUGAACAGUUGGGUUUCGAUGCUUUUCCUUUUCUUUCUUUCUUGUUCCUGUUACUAUUAUUAUUUUUUCUUUUAGGAACUAAGGUAUUGCCUGAAAAACAAGUGAUGUCUGUGCAGCCUUAUAUCUGUCUUUACAGAAGCAAACAGUACACACGAGACCUGUUUCAGACAUGAUUGGAGAGGAAUCUUCAACUUGAAUACCAGCUCUUUCUUUCCCUCUUGUUGACAAAGGGGUGGGGAUGUGGUUAUUUUACUAGCACCUUGUGAAGUGUUUCUGUGUUUUGUGAUGCUGUAAUUUAUUAAUGUUUGUAGCUUUUUAUAUUUGUACAUUUCUUAUGAGCUUUGUUUAUAUGCCCAUCCCCGGGUGUUCUGUCCAUGAGGAACAGCAGCUCCACGCAGGCCCUGCCCACCUGCUCAUCCUGAUGGGGUGGCAGUCCAGCCCGAGGCUGGGGGACAAGGUUGCCACCCCACGAUUCCCACCUCUGGCCUUUGGAAGGUUUUCUUUCCCAUUCUUGUUGAACAUUUAUAUAAUCUAACCCAGCCAUCAAGCUGUUCUCUCUCUGUUUUAUUUUAAAAAUUUUAUUAUUAUUAUUUGGCAACAUGUACAUUUCUAACAAAGUUUAUCGUGGCUAUUAAAGUGUUUUAUUUCCCAAUUCAUAUUACUCUUGUAUCGAGUCCAUGAGGUCUAAGGCAACUUAGAUCAAAGUUUUAAAAGAGUAAAACUAUUUCAGGUUUUGUACAGAA